AUGGCAGCGAAAAAGGCUCGCCAGAGGAUCAGCUAUGUCCUCGAGCUUCCCAACUCCCAACCCGGUGGCCACCGACUUGGCGUCAACGGACUCGCCAUUGACAAGACCAAUGCCAUUCUUUAUUCCGGCGGACGAGAUGGCGUCGUUUGCGCCUGGGAUCUCCUCGACAUGAAGGCUGGCGCAGCUGGCCUCGCGACUACCGACAGCACCAAGCCCAAAUCUUCCACCAAGUUCCGCGCUCAAACCCAGGCCCAUACGCACUGGAUCAACGACAUUGUCCUCGCCCAGAACAACACGGCACUCGUAUCUGCCUCGUCCGAUCUGACCGUCAAGGUCUGGCGCCCGCACUCCGAGACCCAGAAAGAUGCCAUCACCAUUGGCGAGCAUGCCGACUACGUCAAGUGCGUCGCCACCCCGCCCCACGAUCCGUCGGCCAACUGGGUCGCUUCCGGCGGCCUCGAUCGCAAGAUUUGCCUCUGGGACCUGAACGGCGGCGGCAAGACUCUUGAAAUCGACAACAAGGGCGAGGUGGCCGAGAAGGGCUCGAUCUACGCCCUGAGCGUCGCACCUCGUAUCAUCGCCAGUGGUGGUCCCGAGUCCAGCGUGCGCUUGUGGGAUCCCAGGACCGGCGACGCCGUCACCAAGUUUGUCGGCCACACGGACAACGUGCGCUCCAUCCUGCUCAACGAGGCCGGCGACACCGUCAUGACGUCCAGUUCCGAUUCGACAAUCAAGCUCUGGAGCAUCACUGCUGGUCGUUGCAUGUACACCUUUACCAUGCACAACGAUAGUGUUUGGUCGCUCUACUCGGACGACCCGACAUUGGGCAUAUUCUACAGCAGUGACCGUUCUGGAAUGGUAGCCAAGACUGAUGUGCGAGGCACGCUCGAGGACAUGGACGACGGCCUGUCACUUGCCAUUGCGCAAGAGCAUGGCAACAUUAGCAAGAUUUUGGCUGCCGACGGCUACAUCUGGACAGCUACAUCUACAUCAUCCAUCAACAAGUGGCCCGAUGUCGACACGUCGUCAGACAUUAAGCUGCCCGAGGCUUACCGUCGACACCGGUCAGCCUCUGGAUCCACAGCACGGCCUAGACAAGUGUCACCCCCGCCAGCUGCCGAGUCUACAGACAAGAAGGAAGAGAAUAAGGAAAUUCCAGCGAAAUCGAUCCUCAAAAUCUCCAAUACGGCUACAUUCCCGAAGCAAGUCGCUCGAGACCCCGAUGCGGCGAUUGGCGGCAAUGCCGCGGCGAGAAAGGGAUCUGAAAUCGCGCCCGACUCGACAUCCCAUGGACCUGAGCCCCUGUUCCACCUUCCACGAGAAACCAUCGAGGGCCAGUUCGGCCUGGUGAAGCACAAGCUCCUAAACGACAGGAGAAGAGUGCUGACGCUAGACACUGCUGGCGAUGUGCUCCUUUGGGAUCUGAUCCGGUGCGAGGUUAUCCAGAGCUACGGAAAGCGUCAUUUAGAGGACGUCGAGCCCGAAGUCAACACCCGUGAAGCUGUUGCCCCCUGGUGUUCUAUAGAUACGAGUUCCGGCAGCCUCACGGUUGUGCUUGAACCUUUCAACUGCUUCGACGCCGAGAUGUACGCCGACGACCUGGCGCCGGGCGAGGCGGUGGACUUCAGGGAUGACCAACGAAAGGAUCGCCGCUGCCCGCCGAGUGGCCCCGCCCACCUCGAUCGAGAUGCCGCCCAAUACAUUUGGGGGGGGCGAGGGCCCCGGGAUCUGCAACGACACCGCGUGCUAAUGGCGCGCAGUGGGCGCCGACCCCCUGGUCUUGCCAUCGGCAUGGCGACCCCUGGUGCCCGUCUGCAAGAUGUUCCGGAGGGCGCAGCUACACCGGCAAGCCCCUUGGAGAAGAGGACGUCGCACGCCAACCGCACUUCGGUGGAAAAUGGGGACUACUUCUCCAGCACUAUUGCACCGGCCGACGGCGCCUCGAAGGGUGGACAGACACCUGCAACGCCAUCAGAGCCCGCAGCAAGUGACGUCAAAUCGCCCGGCGCCGAGAAUGGUAAAGAAAAGGAGAAGGACGCGAACGGCAAGGCACCCAGCACGCCGUUCGGCAAGAAGAAGUUCCGCAUGGGCAUGGGCAGCAUGUCGUUUGGAAGCAAGAAGAUUGAACGCUCGGCAUCGACCAGCACAGAGAAGCCUGCAGUUGUGGAUGAAAAGGCAGAGGAGUCUGAGUCGUCGUCAACACACGAGAAGGAAGUCGACGACAGUUUCCUCGGUGUCGUCCAGCGUAUUCGCAACGAAUAUGAAAAGCAACUCACCGACAGCCCCGACAAGAUUGUCGAAACGGGCAUCACGCCCAGUCUGUACAACGAUACGCCCGUCCUCAAGCUGCCUUCUGGUACCAAAGUAUUCAUUCAGGAGGAGACGUCUGGCUCGAGCGCCAACUUGUAUCAGGGCACGGUCGAGACGGUCGGCCAGGAUGUCGACGUCAUUGAGCAGCGUGGUCCCAUGUGGCUGGGAGAGGUGCUUCUGCAGAACCAGAUCCCGCCGAAAGACCCAGUCAAGGUGUCGUUUGUGUUGGUGCCGUGGGAGAACUCGCUUCCCGACCUGGCGGCCACGGAUGGCAACAACCGCCUGAACGCCAACAGAAUGCUGCGCGUCAAGAAGAUCCUGUCGUAUGUCGCAGAGAGGAUCGAGCCGCCUGUGACAGAGCCCGACCCAAAUGCGCUCAGGCCAGAUGAGUACCUCGAGUUGUACUGCAACGACAUGAAACUACCCAACACAAUGACGCUGGCCACGCUACGUGCACACGUAUGGAAGGGUGGUAAUGACAUCACGCUGCACUACAAGGCGAACGGUCGCAAGGUGAUUGAGAAUCCCAUCCCGACACCACAGGCAGCGGCACCAGUCGAGCCAGAGGCGGCACCAGUCGAGCCAGAGGCGGCGCCAGCCGAGGCAGGUGUCAAUGGAGCGGACGGGUCUGCCGCCCCUUUGACGCCGGCCCCAACGACCACUCCGGCAGCGACGACAACGGCGCCUACGACGGCAGCGGCAUAG